UUCCACCAUGCCAGCAUGCUUCACAGGGGCAUCCAACAGUGGUACGUACCUCUGAAGAACAGCCCAGCUCUGUGGCUUGUUCACAUUCAAAGGGGAAGAUGCUUUAUCGGCUACAAGCAGGUUCACACUACCUUGAGUAAACGUUUCCUAGGACACUCCAGCUACAGCAAUGUACAAGGUGCUCCUAGAACAGCAUACCUGAUUAACAGGAGGGGACUUCACACUAGCCAGUGUGAGUGUACUUCAGAUGGCUCUAGUUCGUCUCCUGGUGUGGACUCAACCUCGUCUGGAGCCGGAGACAGGCAGAGAGCCAAGGCGGAGAAACGAAGGAGGCGGAGGGAGAAGAUUGAUGAGAUCCAGAGAGAUGGGGAGGAGGCUCCUGGAAGCAGGAGGCAAGGAGCUGGCCAGAAGAGCUGGAGCAAGAAGGAGAUUGUCACCUAUGAUAUACCCACUCCUCCAGGAGAAAAGAAAGAUGUGAGCGUGGCCCUUCCUAGAUCAUACAGUCCCAGCUAUGUGGAAGCAUGUUGGUAUGACUGGUGGCACAAGAUGGGAUUCUUCAAACCAGAAUCUCUGGCAAAAUGGCGGAAUCCAGUGGAAGAGAAGGAGCCCUUUGUGAUGUGUCUCCCUCCACCCAAUGUUACCGGUGUCCUUCAUCUUGGCCACACCCUAACAACUACCAUCCAAGAUAGCCUCAUCAGAUGGAAGAGAAUGGUGGGUGUUCCCUCUCUGUGGAUACCAGGUUGUGACCAUGCAGGCAUCGCCACACAGGUAGUGGUUGAGAAGCAGAUACAUCAUGAGAAAGGGAUCACCAGGCAAGACAUGGGAAGGGAGGAGUUUAUCAAGGAGGUCUGGAGGUGGAAGGAAGAGAAAGGAGGUGAGAUAUACCAGCAGUUGAGGCAGCUAGGAGCAUCAUUAGACUGGGACCGAGAUAACUUCACCAUGGAUCAAAAAUUCUCCCAUGCAGUACGGGAAGCAUUUGUACGUCUCCAUGACGAUGGCAUCAUCUACCGGUCAAGUCAGCUGGUUAACUGGUCUUGUACUCUUAACUCUGCUAUUUCUGAUAUUGAGGUUGAUCAAAUGUCGCUUCCUGGCCGUUCAUCACUGAAGGUCCCUGGUUACGCUGAUCCUGUGGAGUUUGGGGUUCUUACCUACUUUGCUUAUCCCAUAGAGGGCUCCGAUGCAGAGAUAGUCGUAGCUACCACCCGCCCGGAGACGAUGCUUGGUGAUACUGGGAUAGCGGUUCAUCCCCAUGACGACAGAUACAGCCAUCUGAUUGGUCAGUCAGCUGUCCAUCCUUUCACUGGACGUAGAGUACCGGUCAUAGCCGAUGAGGCAGUGGACAUGGCCUAUGGCACCGGCGCUGUGAAGAUCACUCCUGCUCAUGAUUACAACGACUGUGAGAUGGGACGGAGGCAUGACCUUGACUCUCUCAAUGUCAUUGACGAGGAAGGCAAAAUCGUAGCUGAGGGAACUGAGUUCCAGGGAAUGAAGCGGUUUGUUGCCCGCCAGGCCGUCAUUCAAGCACUCAAAGAUAGAGGCUUGUAUAGAAGAACAGAGGAUAACCCUAUGUCUCUCCCAAUUUGUAGUCGGUCAGGUGACAUUGUUGAGCCACUUCUCAAAUCUCAGUGGUUUGUGAAGUGUUCUGAGAUGGGCCAGAGAGCACUAAGAUCGGUUGAGACUGGUGAACUAAAGAUAGUACCUGCUGUGUACCACAAGACAUGGAGGCAUUGGCUUGCAAAUGUCAGAGAUUGGUGUAUAUCCCGUCAGCUUUGGUGGGGUCACCGUAUUCCUGCGUACCGUGUGGAAAUACAAGGGAUGGAUCCUGCUGACAUGAUGGAAAAUGAUCAUUGGGUGAGUGGACACACUGAGGAGGAGGCCAGGGAUAAAGCAAGCAGAAAAUAUGGAGUAGAUGGUCAUCGAAUCUUGCUUACUCAAGAUGAGGAUGUCUUAGACACAUGGUUCUCUUCAGCUCUCUUCCCGUUCGCUGUGCACGGCUGGCCUCACAAGACACCAGACCUUCAGGAGUAUUACCCCAGCUCUGUCUUAGAGACUGGCUAUGAUAUCCUUUUCUUCUGGGUAGCAAGGAUGGUGAUGAUGGGCCAACAGCUGACAGGAGAACUCCCAUUCCACAAAGUGUACCUUCAUUCUAUGGUGAGAGAUGCCCACGGUCGUAAGAUGAGUAAAUCCCUCGGGAAUGUGAUUGAUCCACUAGAUGUCAUCCAUGGUGUCUCUCUAGAGCAAUUACAAUCCAGCCUCCUCCAUGGCAACCUGAAGCUUGACCCCAAAGAACUGAAGGUCGCGAUGAAAGGACAGAGGUCAGAUUUCCCACAGGGCAUUCCAGAGUGUGGAACAGAUGCGCUAAGGUUUGCCCUCGCUUCUUACAACUCCCAAGGUCAAGAUAUCAACUUGAAUGUAGGCCAGGUCUUAGAGUACAGACAUUUCUGUAACAAGAUCUGGAAUGCUAGCAAGUUUGCUCUAUCUGCCUUUGAAAAGGAUUUCAGCCCACAGCCCAUCGAUGAGGUUUUACGUUCGGCUACUCCUGUAGAUCUCUGGAUUCUUCACAAACUGGCAACCACCAUACAGGCCUGCCAUAAAGGGUUUAAUGAUGUGGACCUUCCGAUGGUGACAACUGCCCUCUAUAGGUUCUGGGUGCACAACCUGUGUGAUGUUUAUCUGGAGUGCAUCAAAGAGCCUUUAAGCAAGACUCAGACAGAGGAAUGUAUGACGUCAGCCAAUGUUCUUCACACAGUGAUAGAUGGCGCCCUUCGUCUCAUGCAUCCCAUCAUGCCCUUUCUGACUGAAGAGUUGUUUCAGAGGUUGCCAAGGCAACAGAAUGACGAGUGUCCUAGUAUCUGUGUAGCUCCAUACCCUACCUUGCAAGAGCACCCGUUCAUAGAUGAGGCAGUGGAGGAACAAGUCGAGGUCAUGCUGGAAGUAGUUCAUGCAGUCAGGUCACUGGAGGGAAUGCUGGGAUUGAAGAGAGGACAGUCUAAAGUGGGUAUCACAUGUCAAGAUGAGGGAGUGUUGUCGAAUCUUAGAAGACUGCAUCACCCACUUGCCACACUUACCAGAUCACCUCAUGUAGACAUCUCCUCCGGUGAGGCCCCUCCCCCUGGAAGUGCAGUCCUGGCUGUGGGAAGCAAAUGUACAGCUUAUCUGCAUCUUCAGGAAGCAUCAAACAAAGCUGCUGCUGAACGUUUGCUCGCCCGGCAGGUGAAGGCAGAGCAUCAGCUGAGCAAGCUCAAGACAGCCAUGGCCAUUCCAAACUACGAGCUCAAAGUACCAGAAAGGAUCCAACUCAGCAAUAGAAUGAAGUUUGAAGAGCUAGAGGCUGAAGUGAGGUCGUACAAGGAGCUUUUAGCUUCCCUUCAGACGAUGUCAAGGUGACCUUCAGACAAUGUCUAGGUGACGAUGGAAAGCAACCGAUGUAUACUGAGGAAUAAACGACUCAAGAAUCUUGUGCAGACUUGUAUUUUCCAUAGAAUAAAUUUGUCAAAGACAAAGAGAGAUGCAUGGUUUAAGCCUGCAAUCAGCACCUCAGAUCUACUUAGUGAGUUUUGUCGCUCCAUGGUUUUUUCUAAAAUUAAAACCUUUCAGAGAAGAGGAAGAGGUGAUACCUUUGAGCCUGAGAUCGAUGGAUUAAUAUCCUCCUGCAGAUCUGCUGAGUGAGCUUGUUCACUUUGUAGUCCAUCAGAUGCGACAAUGGCUAACAACAGGAACUUCAUUGAUAUGCCAUGAGAGAUAUGUGCUUUGAGCUUUCAUUCAGCACCCCAAGAACUCAUAAAGAUAAACGUCUUGCACUGGACCAUGCAGAUUUCCAUCAGAAAAUGGAGAAGGGGGUUCAUCUAUGCAUCCCAAAAGGUGUCCUUUGAGUCUGAGUACCGUCCUGCUAAGACGCAAAUCACCUAUCAAUCUGUAGAGUUGUCCAUCUGAAAUUGAAAUGCUUAUAAUUGAUUUGUAAUGUUUUGUUGGAAACAUGAAUAAAUUUGAAAUUUGAAAUUUGAAUUUGAAAUGAGUCUCGAAACCCAUCACAUGCUAAAGAAUUCAAUCAUUGAAAUAUGAUUCAAAGGAAUACAUUUAUCUUACACUUAUUCUUGAAUAUAAUAAAGGUAUCAUGAUGAUUACAUGUAA